AUGUCCUCCGACGCCUCCCUCUACGGAAUCCGCAAACCCAAAUCCCAACCCAAACAACUCUCCUCCUCCACCUCCCUAGCCUUCACAUCCACCCUCUCCUCCCUCCUCUCCACCCCCAGCACCCGUCCCACACACGGCCGCCCCCGUCCCUCCAAAACCCCCAAAGACGACAUCUUCUCCACACACAACCGAAACACCAAGAAGCGCGCGCUCGCGGACCUCGAAUCUGAUGACGAUGAAGCGACACGCAGUCGCGGUCGUAAAAGAGAGAAUCUGGGGGAGGUAAAUGAUACGCUCCUCCAUUUGAGUAACAAGAAGUUGGAGAGGAAGGCGAGGCUGUAUAGGGAGAUGAAGAGGGGGGAGUAUAUUGUAAGAGAAGGGGAGCCGGGGGAGGAUCUGGUGGAUUUUGAUAGGAAGUGGGUGGAAGGGGGGGAACGGGAGGGGAAUUCUUCGUCGGACUCGGAGGGUGGGGAUGAGGGGGGAGAGAUCGUGGAUUAUGAGGAUGAGUAUGGACGGCUAAGGAGGGGCACGAAAGCCGAUGCGGAAAGAAUGGAAAGGAGGAAACUUAACAAGGUCCUUAGAGAGGAAGAGCUGGAUCGGAUUUCGGCCCGUCCUUCUAUGCCUGAGAAACUUAUUUAUGGCGAUACGGUACAGACACAGGCGUUUAAUCCUGAUGCGCCCGUGUUGGAGAAGAUGAAAGAGCUAGCGGGUAUGGAGGACUUGGCUACAGAACCGCCGCCGCAGCUGCAUUACGAGGCCGAUAAGGAGUUUCGGAUUAAAGGUGUUGGGUUUUAUAGCUUCUCUAAGGAUGAGGCGACGAGGAAACAGGAGAUGGAGAGUUUGGAGGCGGAGAGAUUGGAGACUGAACGGAAGAGGAGGGAGAGAGAGGAGAAGAAGGAGCUGAGGAAGAGGGAGAUUGAGGAAAGGAGGAAGGCGAUUGGGGAGAAGAGGGCGAGGAAACAGGCGGAGAGUUUUUUGGAGGGGUUGGGUAACGAUCUCACGCCUUCUGUGAAGGAUUAG